AUGGAAGUUUACGUUAGACUCAACAAUGAUGUUGAAAGAGAUUUUGCAUUCCAAGUAGAUUCGGAGGAUACGAUCAAUUCUAAGAUCGCUAGGGUCUUCCUCAAGGGUGGCGAAGGUGUUUCUGAUAUAAUUGUGUUGAGACCAACGAUAUUUCAUAAGAAAUUACCAACUGGGUACUCUAAGUCAAUGCAUCCAGGCUACAUGACAGAGGGUGGGUGCUUGAUUUUCGAUUACGAUGCCGAUCUAAAGCAGUACAAACAAAAGUUAGACCCUGAAAAGAAAUUGAUGGAUCAACUAUGGCCCGGUCAAUUAAUCUUGCCUGAAUGGGAAAGAUCAACGACCAACAUCAUCAUUUAUGUCGCUCUAAUGUUGGUUUGGUUGUACACCGAUUUGCCCGACGUUAUCUCGCCAACGCCUGGUAUCUCUUUGACUAACCAGUUGUCCCGUAUUGCAAUCCCAAUCUUGGAACAUUUCGAGUUGGGACACGUCGCUGAUCGUUUAAAGAUGGAGAUCCAGGUGAACUACACGGGUCUGGCCGCUCAAUGGUUGUUCUUCGUGGUCCACAUCUUGAAGAUCGCAGUCUUAACCAUGUUCUUCACCACCGCUAUGGUCAACCCAAUUAGUUUCAACCCAGCUGUUCUUUACAAGAUCAGAAACAUACAAUUGACGGACCCCAAAUUGAGAAGUUUACUACGUUCUUUGGGUUGGGUCGGCGCCAGAAGAGGUACUUAUGAUGAGUACCAAGGCAAUCUCUACAGCUACAUCAUGAAGAAGUACGGAGAUCCAGCAAAGGCUUUUAGAGCUGGUAUGAUCAAGGUCGCUGCAGCUCCAGGAUUUCCUCUCGGUGAAGGUGAGGGUUUUCAAACCCCACUGGCCCAAAGGCUUACUGGUAGUACGUUCAAGACAAUAAAGGAUGAAGGAAAAUUUGUUCUCAGUGAGGAGUAUUUUAUUCAACUUGAGGAUGAUUUGAAGAAGAAGUUGGACGCAUGUCAAGGCGACAUCGGUGAAAUGAACAAUGAGAUCAGAAGGUUCAGAAGGUUUGGUUUUUUGAACCAGGUGAAGAAUUAA